AUGGCCUCCCUCGACCCGCCCGCCUCGCCGUCAGUGGUCGUCGACGCUCCACCACCUCCCGCCACGACCGACGACGACUCGCCCCCACCGCCCGCCGGCGUCGACGCCCUCGAGCCCGACAAGCGCGUCAGCUUCUACGUCCAGGCCGUCGACGAGAUGCUCGACGCUGUCCUCGCCCACGAGGCCUUCCUCUUCGACCCCAACGAGCUCGCCGCCCUCGUGCGCUUCCGCAACCUCGAGUACCAGUCGCGCUACCUCUUCUCGCGCCUCCUCCUCCGCAAGCCUACCUGGAUCCGCCUCUCGUCCCUCCUCGCGUCGUCGUCCUACUCGACCGACAUCUCGGACCUCCCCGCCGCAUGCGCCGAGCUGUGGCGCGUUGCCGAACCCGUCGCCGGCCCAUCGACCCCGCCCAAGCGUCAGCAGGUCGCCGCGCUCGUCGAGCCCAAGAAGGAGCAGCCGCGCGACGAGGGCUUCCUCGACCUCACCCUCACCGACUCGGACGACGACGUCGCGCCGCCCGUCUCGAACAAGGGCAAGAAGAGCGGCGUCGACAAGGGCAAGGCGCGAGCGACGCCGCGCAAGCUCAUCUCGGACGUGCCCGACUCGCUCGACCUCGGCGACCUGUCGCGGUUCGCGUUCGACCAGUCGGUCCUCGUCGACGAGCCGCCCGAAAACACGCUCGCGCUCUUGAGCAUGGACGAGCUCACGACCCUCGGCAAGCGCAUGAAGGUGCCCUGCAAGAGCGGCGCGAGCCGCGGCGAGUGGACCAAGGCGCUCCUCAAGACGUCGAACCAGUCGACCCUGUCGUUCUUCCUCGCCGCACCGCCAACCCCCAAGGUCCAGUCGCCGGUCGGCUCGGCCGGCAUGGAGCGCAAACCGUCGGUCGGCUCGGUCGGCGUCGGGUACGACGCCAAGGGCAACAAGCUGUCGCAGUCGCGUGUCGUCGCCGCUCAGGCGCUCAAGCUCAUCGGUCCCGUCAUCCGCCUCUCGCCCGCGCUCCUCACCCUGUUCAACCGCCUCUCGCUCGUCUACCACCGCACGUCGUACACGGCCGGCACCUCGUCCACGUCGGCCUCGCCCCUCACGGCGUCGCUCCUCGCCCGAUUCGGCAAGCGCGCCUACCCGUCCUACACCGUCUCGCGCUCGUUCGCCCUCUUUCCCUCGCGCGCCGUCCUGCGCGAGUUUGAGGCGGCCAUGGCGAUCGAGCAGCGCGUCGAGGCGGCGCUCGACGGCGUGUGGGGGCCGGGCGUGCCCAAGCGGGCCGAGCGCGAGACCAAGGAGGAGCGGCUCGAGCGGUUGUGCGCCGAGGCGGAGGACGAGGCGAGGAGGGUCAAGAAGGAGGAGGACGAGGCGGUCGAGGCGGCCCGAGCGGCGGGAGAUGGCGAGGGCGAGGGCAAGGGUCAGCGGGGCGCGCAUGGGAGGCUGUACUACCGGAGGAGGUUCCACCCGGGCUGGCCCCUGAGCCGGGCGGCCUACAAAGCCGCAGCCUGCUACGCCAAGCUGGGCGACCACGACUCGGAGGUCGCCAUCUUGCGUCACCUCCUCGCACAGACGUCGUUCCGCCGGGGCAAACGCGGCGACUGGUACGACCGCCUCGCGCUCGUCCUCAUGAAGUACCCGCUCGGCGACGAGGCGCUCCUCGGCGACGAGGUCAAGGGCAAGAAGCGCGAGCGCAAGGACCGGCUGCUGCGCGAGAGGAGGGACGAGGCGCUGCGCGUGUGCGAGGAGGGGCUCAAGGACCCGUUCACCCAUCUCAUCUACAAGUCGUCGCUCCAGCGCCGCAUCGCCCGCAUCGAGUCGGCCCUCCAGGUCCCGCCCGACGAGCGCCGCACGUUCGACGUCCUCCUCGCCAAGUCGACGACGCGCGUCAUGGAGGGUGAGCGUGUCGACACGCCGACGAUCGGCAAGAAGAGCGUGUGGCGCGCGAGCGACGGCGCCGAGAUCAGCGUCGAGGAGCUGUGCCUCGAGCAGUACGUCCGGGAGGGUUGGAAAGGGUUCCACUCGGAAAACGGCGUCCUCACCAUGAUCUUCGCCCUCACCUUCUGGGACAUCCUUUUUGCGCCUGUCGACGGCGUGUUCGAGACGGCGUUCCAGACGGCGCCCCUCGAUCUCUCGUCCGACGCGUUCGCCAUCGUCCGUCGUCCCGCCAUCGACGCUCGCCUCGCCUCUAUCGCCGCCGGCGAUGCGCCUGCCCUCCUCCGCUCGACCGACGAGCGCGAGCGACCUCGCGGCACGUUCGCCGUCGGCACGAACUGGGAGCGCUACGCGUUCGAGGACCUCGAGGAGAUUGCCCAGUGCAUCGGCGGGCCGGCCUUGGCGUCCAUCCUCACCGUGUUCGUCGAGGAAUAUGGUCACCGGACCGGCGGCAUCCCCGACCUCUGCCUGUGGAACCCGUCGACUGGGCGCGCCCUGUUCGCCGAGAUCAAGGGCCCGGGCGACCAGCUGUCCGAGACGCAGAAGGUGUGGAUCGACGUCCUCCUCGGCGCCGGCGUCGGGGUCGAGGUGACACGCGUCGUCGAGAGUCGCGAGGGGCGCGAGGCGAGUGCGGGCGAGGAGGAAGGCGAGGGGGAGGAUGGCGAGGAAGGAGGAGCGGGAGGGAAGAGGGGUCGGGCGAGGAGCAAGAGCGCGCCGAGGAAAGGCGGCAAGGGGAGGAAGAGGGCCAAGACGGUCGAGGAGGGCGAGGGCGAGGGCGAGUAG